CACAGAGGUACGAAUUUAGUUAACGCUGAUCUAUAUGCUUCCCCUAGCACAGAUUAUGGAACAGAAUGACAUCUCUUAUCACAACUAUGCAGAUGACACACAACUCUACAUUUCUGUGUCCCCAUAUGAUUAUAGUCCAUCACUCUCCCUGAGUAAAUGCAUUAAUCAAAUCAAUGAAUGGAUGUGCCAGAAUUUUCUCCAGUUAAAUGUGGAGUUGACAGAAGUGACCAUUUUUGGGCCAAAAAAGGAAAGGUCAAAGAUAAGCAGGCACCUUAGCACAAUGACACUUACAGCUACAUAUCAAGUCAGAAACCUUGGCGUAAUUAUUGACUCAGACCUAAAAUUUGAUAGCUAUCUAAAGUCCGUCACUACAUCUGCUUAUUACCUCCUAAAAAUAUAGCCAGAAAUAAGGGGUUUCUGACUAAACAAGACAUUGAAAAACUUAUGCAUGCAUUCAUUUUCAGCCGAUUGGACUAUUGCAACGGUAUAUUUACAGGUCUUGAUAAAAAAUCAGUCAGGAAGCUGCAGCUAGUGCAGAAUACUGCAGCCAGAGUCCUCACAAAUACAAGGAAACUGGACCACAUUACACCGGUUUUGAAAUCGUUACACUGGCUUCCAGUGAGUCAAAGGAUAGACUAUGAAAUACUACUGCUCGUCUACAAAACACUUAAUGGCCUCUGACCAAAAUACUGUACAUGCUUAAUUUGUUAGAUUCCUAUGAAACAUCUAGACCCCUAAGGUCGUCUGGAACCGAUCUCCUGUAUGUUCCGAGAACAAGAACCAAGCAGGGUGAGGCAGCAUUUAUUUAUUAUGCUCCUCAACUCUAAAACAAGUUACCUGAAGUUCUGAAGUAUGCUCAUUGAUUUUUUUGUAUAUGAUUUUUAUGAUCUUCAUGUGAUGUAAAGCACUUUGAAUUGCCUUGUGCUAAAUUGUGCUAUAUCAAUAAAUUUGCCUUGUCUUGCCUAAAAUACACAGCAUGCAUAGGCGGAAUUUGAGUUUUGGGACAGGGGGGGCACAAUAUGUUGAUGACCCCGAAACGCAGUGUCAGCAAUAAAAUUAAACUUUAUAGAAUAUUUAUAAAUAAUAAGUUUACAAUGAGUGUUUUUUUUUUUUUGUUUCCCAUCAUUCUUGAGGGGAAUUCUAAAUCAGGCUGCUUAGGCAAUACUUUUUGCCAAGAUCGUCAUCCAUUGAUUAUGGUACGCCCGCUGGUGUCGUGCCAAUGUAGUUACCCCUGUCAAAAAUUGUAACGCCUGGGCGGAGCAAUAUGGAGGUGGAUAUGUGUCUUUAUUAUUCAAUCCAAAAAAAAAGUUGCUUCAAUAAAAAUGUUUCAACCCCAAUCCCUUCAAUCAAAAAAAAAAAAAAAAAAGUGUUUGAAUUAGGGCUGUCAAAAGUAUCGUGUUAACGGGCAAUAAUUAAUUUUUUAAAUUAAUCACGUUAAAAUAUUUGACGCAAUUAACGCACAUGCCUUGCUCAAACAGACUAAAAUGACAGUACAGUGUAAUGUCUGCUUGUUACUUGUUUUUUGGUGUUUGGCUCCCUCUGCUGGCGCUUGGGUCCAACUGAUUUUAUAGGUUAGUACCAUGAGUGAGCAUGGUGUAGUUAUUGCCAUCAACAAUGGCGAGCUACUAGUUUAUUUUUUUGUUGAAAAUUUUAAAAAUUUUGAUAAAACGAAAACAUUACAAAGGGUUUUUAACUUUUAAUAUAAAAUUUCUAUAACUUGUACUAACAUUUAUCUUUUAAGAACUACAAGUAUUUCUAUCUAUGGAUCGCUUUAAGAGAAUGUUAAUCAUGUUAAUGCCAUCUUUUUGAUUUAUUGUUAUAAUAAAUAAAUACAGUACUUAUGUAGCGUAUGUUUAAUGUAUAUAUCUGUCUUGUCUUAUCUUUCUAACAAUAAUUUACAGAAAAACAUGGCAUAUUUUAUAGAUGGUUUGAAUUGCGAUUAAUUACGAUUAAUUACACUUCAAGCUGUAAUUAACUCGAUUAAUCGUUUGACAGCCCUAAAAUCAACUAUUUGUCAGCAUGAGUUCAUCAUUAUAAAACAAUGUUAACCCAACCAUCGCCUGACAUAUCAUAGAACAACGUUGUUUCAACGUCACUUGACGUCGAAAAUUUCAAUGUCAACCAUACUGAUGAUUUUGAUGGAAAAUCAUUGAAUCAAUGUUGGUCUGCUAUCUGUGAUGUUUGUUCCGAGCGACCCUGAAUGCACCACGACUGAACGCCCUGCCCCGGUGACAGCAGACGCCGCUCGCCGCCAUCCAGGUGCUUAUCUCGGGGGAGCGUCUCUGCGGGCCCGCCCUGUCUUCGGAGCCUCUACCUGGAUGUGGCGGAGGUCCACCACCGUGCUAUGCUUUGUCCACGAACACUUCACGCCCCAACCCCCCUCCUCCUCCUCCCCUUGCCCGGAAAAAUGAAGCGGUAUCACGGUCCAAAAAUGUGGACGGCCACGUUUUGAAUCGUCUGCCUCUGUUGUGUACUAGCCGGGAAGGCGGCUACUCGGGGACGAGGUUCCCAGACUCGGUGGCACUAUGGCGGGUCUCAUCAAGAAGCAAAUCUUGAAGCAUCUCUCCAGGUUUGCCAAGAACCUUUCACCCGACAAGAUCAACCUGAGCACCCUGAAGGGUGAGGGCCAGCUCACUAACCUGGAACUGGAUGAGGAGGUUCUGCAGAGUCUGCUGGACCUUCCCACCUGGCUGGCCAUCAACCGCGUGUGCUGCAACAAAGCCGCCAUUCGUAUCCCAUGGACCAAGUUAAAGACUCAUCCCAUUUCUCUGACACUUGAUAAAGUAGAAAUGGAAAUGAGCACAUGCGAUGAACCCCGUCCCCCCAACGGACCUUCCCCUAUUGCGACUGCUUCCGGUCAAAGCGAGUAUGGCUUCGCUGAGAAGGUGGUUGAGGGCAUGUCGCUUUCCAUCAACUCCAUUGUCAUCCGGAUCAGCGCCAAAGCCUUCAACGCCUCCUUCGAGCUCUCCCAGCUGCAGGUGUACAGCGUCAACACCAGCUGGAGCAUCAGCGACCUGCGCUUCACACGCAUACAGGACCCUCAACGGGGAGAGCUCCUGACGUUCAAGGAGAUCAGCUGGCAGAUGAUCCGCAUCGAAGCAGACGCCAUCCAAAGCGCUGAGCACGACAUGUUGAGCGCGCCUAUCCGCCUCAUCACCAACCAGUCCAAGAUCCGCGUGACGCUCAAGCGACGCAUGAAGGACUGCAACGUGGUGGCGUCCAAGCUGGUUCUAAUCCUGGACGACCUGCUGUGGGUGCUGACUGACUCGCAGCUCAAAGCCAUGGUGCAGUACGCCAAGUCUCUCAGUGAGGCCAUGGAAAAGUCAGCGCAGCAGAGGAAGAGCUUGGCUACCGAGGAGCAGGCGUCGCCUGGGCCGCAUUUAGCCCAACAGGUGCGUGCCCAGCAGACUCCCGCGGCCGCCGAGCAAUGCGACACUAUGGCCAAACUAUUUAGCGCCUACGACGUGUGCGAGACGUCGCACCACCUGCAGAUCACGCACCUGGACCUGCACAUCUGCGACGACAUCCACGCCGCCGACAAAGUCAUACACAAGAGGAUCACCGGAGGAGCCAUGCAGCUGUCCUUCAGCUCCAUCACGCUAGACUAUUACCCUUUCCACAGAGCAGGUGACAGUUGCACCCACUGGCUACACUACAGCGAGGCCACCAAAACACGGGAGGGUUGGGCGCGGAGCCUCCUGGACGAGUUCAAGUCCAACGUUGAGAUGCUGAAGAGUGCAGUGCGAGGCCAGCAAGCUUCCGUGCACAGCUCUCCUGGGAAGAUCAACACGUCCUCCACCUCGUCCUUCAGCCCGCUGCCACAGAGCCCCAAGACGCAGCUCAUGUCCAGCUCGGUGGUCCUCAGGAUGGCCGACUUCAGCAUUUACCAGGUGUCCACGGCAGAUCAACGUCGCUCCAGCCCCAAGACCAUGAUCUCCUGCAAUAAGAAGUCCUUGUACCUUCCUCCUGAGAUGCCGGCAGUCCACAUUGAGUUCACAGAGUACUACUUCCCAGAUGGAAAAGACUAUCCCAUCCCGUGUCCCAAUCUGUACGCACAACUGAACGCGCUGCAGCUAGUUCUGGACCCACGUAGCCUGGUGUGGAUCAACUUGUUCGCGUUGGACCUACGGCAGAGUCUGGAGCAGUUCAUGGAGAUAUACAAGCUCAAUGACUCACAGAAAACCGACGAGCAUGUUGACAUCAAAGUGGAUGGCCUCAUGCUGAAGCUCGUGAUUCCGGCCGAUCGGGACCCCUCGUGGCCGCCAGACCUCCCUCGCUCCGUGUCCAUUCAGACAUCAGAGAUGGUGGCCACCAACACGCGGCACCCGGCCAACUGCACCAGGGCUCAUCUGGAGGCGCUCCUGCAGGCCUUCCGGGAGGAGCCCUUCUUCUCGUCCUCCUUCGUCUCCUUCCCUCGCUCAUCGUCCUCCCUGCCGCUCCUAAACCCCGUUUUCCAAUACCACGCUCACGAGCAGGACACCCGGCUGCACGACAUCUACAGGGGUCUGGUGGUGCCAACCAUGGGGGCCGAUGCCCUCAAAACACCGGCCGCCGCAGACUUUUGGACGCUGCACUUUGCGCAGUUCUGGGUGGACUACGAAGGCAAAGGGCGGCCGCAACCGUUCGUGGACUCCUUUCCGCUUUCAGUAUGGGCUUGUCAACCUGCGAAGAUCCUUCGGCACCAGGAGAAGCUGAAAGGGCUUUCCCGAAGCGCCUCGGCAGAAUCCGCCGGGCGUGUACAGAGGAAGCGGCUUCUAAAGGAGUUCUACAGCACAGACGGCGAGUCAGCACCAUCCAGCAGUCCUUCAAAUGGACUUCAUAAACCGCACUCAUUGGACAGUGUGCCUUCUUCUUCUUUGACAUCAACAAGCAAAGAUUCGGAUGUCCAUUUGUUGGUGCAGGUCCACAAGCAUCUGAGUGCUCAGGUGAGCCACCAGCAGUAUGUUUUCCUGAUGCAUCUUCAGCGCAGCAUCAAGGCCCUGCAGCAGACUUUGCAGCAGGACCUAGAGAAGAUGGGGGGGCUACGCAAGGCUUCAAGCCAGAGUCUCGCCGAGCGCCAGCCCUUCACCGUCUGCCUGGGUCUCCUGCUCAAAAGCGCUGAGGUCUCACUCCUCCUCAAGCCUGCUGCGCGACCGGAUCCCGAGGGGUCGGGUUCUCCUCUCGGCUCUGAGGUUUCCCCCCCGGAGAGCCGAGGAACCCUGGAGCCUGGCGGGGACGGCGACGGGAAAAGGACUUACUCUGUGGACCAAAUGUUGUGCGGCGACACACCCGGUGCUAAAGCGCCACGGGGACCCGACCCGCUCAUCCCUGCCGGUCUGACGGAGUCAAAUCGCAAGUCGUCCUCAGAGGAGAGGACCGCUAACAACGCUGAGAGCCGGAGCUCUGAUGAAGGUGGCGAAACGGUGCCUGACGUUUUCGCUAGCCAAGAUGAAACCAAGUUGCAGGCAGGCGAGCCUCUUUGUGAGGACAAAACCGCGGCUGCCAAGAUGUUCCAGUUGACGUCUAGGAAAGGAAGUUUGUCUGUCGUUUCCGAUCUCCUCAGCUCCUCAUCUACCAGCAGAUCCACCUCCCUUUAUUCCAUGUCCAACAUCGGGCGACUGAUGCGCGACCGCUCGCAGUCCAGUUUCUCCGUGUCCUACAAGAACAUGAAGAAGAGUCCGUCCUUGCAGUCCUUGGACAACAUCUCCAUUGAUAGUUACCUGCUGGAGGACAGUGACACCUAUAGCCUGCUGGAACGAGAUGACAUGUCCAUCUCAGGGUUCAAGGCCACCGCCGAAAGCACCCCGGGGGCCCCCUCCCUUCCGGCAGCUGCCCCGGAUCAAGACGGAGGUGUGUCCCCUGACACUGUCAGCGCUGCGUCGCAAAGCAUCGACGAGCCCACCAAGGACAUCGUGUCGGUCCUGGUGCUGAAGGUGCACUCGGUGUGCGUUGGCAUGGAGGCGGUGGGCGAGAGCACCACCGUGGCUCUGGAGGUGGACAAAGUUACGCCGGUCCAGCUUGGCAACGUCAGCUUGCGGCAGUACCUCAGCAAUCGCAGUCUAGGUAUGGUGUGUUCAAUGCCGGCUCAGAGCAGCCAAGGCCCGGCCGAGGUGCGCUCACCGUCCGCCGAUGGUGCCCGUCGGCCAGAGGUGCGGGCCCGCCUGGAAAGCGGGCCCCACGCCGCCGCCCACUCACCGCUGGCUGAGCGCAACGGCUUCCUUCAGCUGCGUCUGAGCGGCUACAGGGCCAGCCUGCUCAUGUCCACGCUGCGCAACAUGGCACACUUCCUGGAGGACGACACGACGCCUCAGGUGCUGCCCAUGGAAAUCAGCGUGCGGGACACGCGCAUACACUUGAAGGACGACAGCCAGCGCGAUUCCCCGUCAGACUCUGAGCCAAUCACACUGCACGUGGACAGCCUGGUUAUCCACCGACGGGACGAUGGGGCAUUCUCCGUCGGAGGUGACGGGGACGCAAGUCAAGUAGCCGAGGUCGACCUUGCCUCGAACAUUGGCCCGUCAACACGCGAACAAAUGCUGAUGGAAGAAAACCAAUGCCUGAAAGCGGAGCUGUCCCGGGCCAAAAUGGCGCUGGCCGAGGUUCAGAUGGAGCGUGACUCGUUACUGCACAGGAUCAACACCAGCUAGCUUCUCGCGGACAGGAUGUUUUCCUUUCCAAACCUAAUGAUUCCUUCAUGAAGCAAUGAACAGUACUUUUCUUUUUUUUACACACACAGAAGUGACGUGUGCUUGUCGUGACGUGGACUUACAAAUUUUCUUAGUGAAUGUUUCUGAGGAAUGUCGCCGGGAAAAGAUCAAUUUUGCACAUCGUGAUCUUCUUUGUGUAUUUAAUUGUGAGAGUUCUUUUGUACACAGGUGUGAACGCUCUCACAGUAUUGAAUGUGUACGCGGGCCGAGAGGACAAGCAUUUCCCUCCCCACGAGAAUUUGUUCCGGUCGGAGCGCUAUUUUUCUAGGAAAACGUACUUUUUGUCUGUAUGUUUGGCCACUCGCCGGUUUGAACUGUGCAAAAGGGAGGAUUAUGAUCACGUCAUUUUUGUCUGUCAACGCUGCUGAAAAUUCUGAUUAAAAACAUGCGAAAAAGAGAUCUAACAUUAAGAACAAAAACAUCCACGAGUGCUUAUUUGAACACUAAGUCCAUUUGUGAUACCUUUUUUUUGCCUCUUUCUAAUUUAAGACAAGGGCGUAGGUUUGCAUUGGGGCGGUCGGGACAUAACACUCGCAACUUUUCAGGAUUCUCAAAUUGUCCGCACCAACAUUUAAGCAACCUUAUUUCAUUAUAUAUAUAUAUAGUUCAGAUAUAUAGCGUAAUUUUCGCACUAUAAGGCACACCUGACUAUAAGCCGCCACCCACCAAAUUUGACACAAAAACGACAUUUGUUCAUAGAUAAGCAGCACUGGACGAUAAGCCACUGCUAUCCUCACUGUAUUAUGGGAUAUUUACACCAAAAGAUAUCAACCGGUAACACAUUAUUUGACAGUGGUAUCAUAAGACCAGAUGAACCACUAUGAAGUUUUGAACCAAUUAGCUCCAAAGCUUCAUUGCUUCAAGAAGCCUUAUUUGGCCAUCAUUGUUCUCUUGG